AUGUUGGAGUUUAAAGUAUCGCCACUUACUAAGAUUAUUUCUUUAUCUGGGUUUCUAGCAAUGGGAUUUCUCCUGGUUACGUUAAGUUGUGCUUUGUUCCACAAUUAUUAUCCUUUAUAUGACGUUUUAAUCUUUUUAUUAGCACCUAUACCUAAUGCUUUGUUCAGUAAAAGAAACUCCAGCUCUGCAACUUUUAUGUCAGAUUCUGGAAUGAACAGUAGUAAUGAUUUUGCAUCUUUCUUGACCGGUAUGUUAGUAACCAGUGGGAUUGCAUUACCAUUAGUUUUCAGACAUUCACAAUUGAUUACAUCUGAGAGUUGUGUAAUGAGUAUGCUAGGGGGUAUGAUAAUUUAUGGCAGUAUUGUUACCUUCUCCUGGUUCUUUAACUCCAGUUGGGACAAUGAAGAAGAUGAUCUAUUCUCCUAA